CAGCAGCGAGCCCCGCCGCCACCGCCGCCGCCUCCGGGCCCCGCGGAAGGGAAGCCAUGGCCGCGGCCGCCAGGCUGUGCCGCCUCCGGGGGAAGCUCUCCGGCCGCCCGGGCGCGCUGGCGCUCUGCAGCGGGGCGCGCCACGCCAGCGGAGGGCGGCGGGAGGCAGAGGCGAAGCCCAGCCGCGCCUGGCAAGCGGGCGGCAUCAGGAACGUCGUCUUGAGCAACCCUCAGCGAAGAAAUGCUCUCUCGCUCGCCAUGCUGAAGUCUCUCCGCGAGGACCUUCUGCGUGAUAUCGACAGCCCGGAUCUACGAGUCAUUAUCAUUUCAGGCGAAGGACCUGUUUUUUCCUCAGGACAUGACUUAAAGGAAUUAUCUCCUGAGACAGGCAAGAAAUAUCACCUGGAAGUCUUCGAGACCUGCGCUGAACUCAUGACCUUGCUUUCAAAGCUGCCGGUGCCUGUAAUCGCCAAGGUCAAUGGCCUCGCCACUGCCGCUGGCUGCCAGCUGGUGGCAAGCUGUGAUAUCGCUGUGGCAAGUGAGGAAUCCAGGUUUGCCACCCCCGGAGUAAACGUUGGUCUGUUCUGCUCAACGCCAGCUGUGCCUGUGGGGAGAUCUCUCCCUAGGAAGGUGGCCCUGGAGAUGCUGUUCACAGGAGAGCCCAUAACGGCUCGGGAGGCGCUUCUUCACGGACUCGUCAGCAGGGUGGUACCCGCAGAGAAGCUGGAAGACGAGACGCUGAGAAUUGCCCACAAAAUAUGCGAGAGCAGCCGGUCUGUUUUGGCUCUGGGGAAAGCCGCCUUUUACAAGCAGAUGGCUCAAGACGUUGACACGGCCUAUAGGACGACUUCAGGGGUCAUGGUGGACAAUCUUGCCCUGGAGGACGGACGAGAAGGGAUCGAAGCCUUCCUCUGUAAACGCAAGCCUGUCUGGUCACAGUCCGGACGCAAAGGAUCCCCGUGAGCUUCCUAUGGGACAAAUCACACUCGAAAGCCACAUCCAACAAUAAACAGGGUCUAGGGGGUCUCCCAAGCUGGUGCCUUCUGUAUGAAAUAUAUA